AUGCGACCCCACCUCUCCGCCAAGUACCGCGCCUCCACCACGGAGCCUCACGCCAGGAGAAAGUCUAAGAUCUCCGCCUCAAGAAAGCUGCAGCUGAAGACCCUGAUGCUGCAGGUGGCGAAGCAGGAGUUGGAGCGGGAGGCGGAGGAGCGACGCGGAGAGAAGGGGCGCGCUCUGAGCGCGCGGUGCGAGCCUCUGGAGUUGGCCGGGCUGGGCGUCGCGGAGCUGCAGGACUUGUGCCGACAGCUGCACGCCCGCGUGGACAAGGUGGAUGAGGAGAGAUACGAUGUGGAGGCGAAGGUCACCAAGAAUGUCUCCGAGAUCGCAGACCUCACCCAGAAGGUGUUGGAUCUCCGCGGCAAGUUCAAGCGGCCCACGCUGCGGAGGGUGCGCAUCUCGGCGGACGCCAUGAUGCAGGCGCUGCUGGGCACGCGCGCCAAGGAGUCCCUGGACCUGCGCGCCAACCUCAAGCAGGUGAAGAAGGAGGACACGGAGAAGGAGAACCGCGAGGUCGGGGACUGGCGCAAGAACAUCGACGCGCUGAGCGGGAUGGAGGGCCGCAAGAAGAAGUUCGAGGGCUGAGCUGCGCCG